AUGGACCCACUUAUAAUGAGACGUUAUCAAAGUGGUUGCUUGGUGGUAAAAUUGGUGGUAAAAGAUAAAAGAACAGGUCUUAUUGAAACAGAGAGAAAACAGAUUAUUGGUACACCGGGACUAUUUCAAUUAAUAUUUUACAAUAAACCCGUAGGUUACAAUAAUGAUGAUUUAAAAAAUUAUAAAUCUGUUUUAGAAACAACUAAUGUUCACAGAGAUACUCGAGGACGAUUGGCACAUAGCUCAAAAUAUAAAUAUACCAAGAUUAUAAAACCAAUGUUCUCACGUCAACGUAAUGUUGCAGGUACCGGUAUGUCUAUGAAAUAUAAUAAUUAUCCUGUGGAGUAUGUUUAUUGGGACUCACCAAAUGAACUUGUAGAUCGUUUAAAACUUUUAGUAGCCUCUCAAUCUGCCGGAAAUAAUUCCCAUGACAAUAAAAUAGUUGCUAUAAUAAAUGAACCCAGGGAAGUUAAUAUAAUAUGUUAG